CAUUCCACCUCCGUGACACACACACACACACACACACUUCCCUACGUGUGCGCGUGUUUGUGUGUGGUUUGGUACAUGUGUGAGCUUCACUGGGAGAGAGAGAGCCCGGGGAGAGAGACUAGCAGUCUAACAGUUGCGUACGUUGCGUCUCUCCUGCUUUACCUCUUUGGUCUCGCUCUUCUCUUCCUUUACGGAGCCCUGGUGAUCUUCCACCUAUCGGAUUAGCUCUACCAGCCCGUGGUUCCCCCCACCCAGCGUCUGUCAUGCCUCCCCGCCACUGAGUCUAGACAGGGGGUAUUCCUCCCCAGUAGCUCCAGAUCAGAAAAUAAAAGCCCCUUUCUUCUUUUCCUGUGGGCACGGUGGCCCUGCUACCUCGAGGGCCUGAAACAUGGCACACAUCCAGAGCGUACAGAAGAAGACCAGCAGCAUGUCCCUGACCAUCUCGUCGUCCUCCUCCUCCCGGGAGCUCUGCUCCUCCUCCUCCAACUGCUCCUCCUCCUCCUCUGGCCUCCUGAACCAGGGACACUCCAACCUCCUGCAGACGCUGCCCGUCAGCCCGCUGACGACUCAGAGUCCGCUGCCCAGUCAGCUGUACUCAGCCAAUGGGGUGGCUCCAACCUUUGUGAAGUGCCUCCACGACGUGUGCGCCCUGAAGGGCCAGCUGGUGGUCCUGGAGUGUCGUCUGCGGGGUACCCCCCCCCUGCAGGUCAUGUGGUCCAGGGAGGACCAGCACAUACAGGACUCAGACGACUUCAGGAUACUGAGGAAGAAGGCCAGCUCUGCACAAGUGCCAGAGGAGCUGUGCACUCUGGUGAUCACAGAAGCCUUCCCAGAAGACUCUGGCCUGUUCAAGUGCAUGGCUGUCAACCCCUUUGGCAGCGUGGGCUGUUCUGCUCUGCUUGAGGUCUACAAUGAUGUGGAGGAGCAGCUGGAGAGUGAGUUUGCUCUGGGACAAGAGAAGGAGGCGGCCUUCCUCCCUCCUCCUCCUUCUGAUUGGCCAGAGGAUGGCUCCAUCCUCAAUUUAGUAGACUUCCCUGAGCAGGCCAACCACUCUCUCCUGGAGCCCUCCUCGCCCCAGGAGCCCUCCUCGCCCCAGGAGCCCUUCUUGUACAGCGCGGAGGAGAGCCUGCUGAGCUCAGAGGGUCAAAGGUCACCCGAGGACACCCCCCUGACCCGCUCGCCCACUCCCCCUCCGCAGGCCCCCGCGCCCAAACUCUUCAGCCCCAGCAAGAUCAGUUUCAACUCCCCUACCCACCCAGGAGCCGACAGCAUGAACCUGUCCGACCUGCCCACCUUCAAGCCCAGCGCCUUCCCCCCCAGCGGCUUCAACUACGAGCGGCCGCGCCACUUCAUCCAGUCCCAGCCCAGCUUCCAGGCGCCCAGCUACGAGCGCUCCCAGAGCCUGCCCCCCAGCAGCCCCAGCCAGGACCCCUGCAGCCCCAGCCAGGACCCCUGCAGCCCCAGCCAGGGCCCCUGCAGCCCGGCCUCCUACAGCCCCGGCCAGGCCCCCGGCCAGGCCCCCGGCCAGGCCCCUGGCAGCCCUGAUGCCCUGGCCGAGACCCUGGCCCAGUCCAGGAUGCUCUCCAACCAGAACUCCCAGAUGACCAUGUCCCGUAGCCAGAUGAUGAACCAGUCCCACUCCCAGAGCCAGGCCCACUCCCAGGCUCAGGCCCAGUCCCUCUCCCAGUCCCAGUCCCACUCCCAGGCUCAGGCCCAGUCCCUCUCCCAGUCCCAGUCCCACUCCCAGGCCCAGUCCCUCUCCCAGUCCCAGUCCCUCUCCCAGUCCCAGUCCCACUCCCAGUCCCUGUCUCACUCCCAGGCUCAGUCCCUCUCCCAGUCCCAGUCCCACUCCCAGGCCCUCUCCCAAUCCCAGUCCGUCUCCCAGGCCCAGUCCCACUCCCAGUCCGUCUCCCAGUCCAAGACACAGUCCCACUCCCAGGCCCAGAUCCAGUCCCUCUCCCAGAACCAGUCCCAGUUCAAUGCCCAUUCGGUCUCCCAGUCCCAGUCCCUCUCCCAGAACCAGUCCCAGUCCCUCUCCCAGAACCAGUCCCAGUUCCAUCUGCUGGCCGACUCCCAGGCAAACGGGACGAGGAAGUCCUCCCCUUCCUCCUCCGGCCUCAGCUCCCCCACCUCCCCCCCCGCCGUGGCUGCUGCCCCUCCCCCCCCCCCCUCCCCCGGUCCACUCCUCCUCCGUCUCCAUCUCUGCUCCUCCUCCCCCCUCUCCUCCUCCUUCCUCCCCUCCCCGACCUCCCUCCCCCGCACGCCCAUGCGCUCCACCAUCACCCUGACCCCCAGCGUUCCCAGCGCGCCCAGUGCCACGGGGCUGGGCAGCGCCUCCCUGCCCGCCAACCCAGACGCCCGGGCCUACCUCUGCUCCGUGCUGCCCUCCCAGGGCUCCGGCAUCCCUCGCUCCCCCGCCCGCUCCCCGCUGCCCCUCUCCGGCCCCCUGUACCCCCCCGGCCACGCCCACUCCCCAGGCCACGCCCAGCCCCAGCAGCGGCCCGGCCUCUCCCCCUCCCUCCCCCGCUCCCCCUUCGCCCCCAUCGUCCCGGCUCCCGCCCAGGCCCCGCCCCCUGGCGUGAGCCAGAACCGGGGGAUGCCCGCCGCCGUGUCCCUUCCCCCCAGCUACAAGGCCACGCCCGCCACGUGA